AUGAUAGGCAGGAAGGCCCUUUGGAAUGAUUUAUUAGCAUAUAAACAGAAUGUCAACUGUCCCUGGGUGAUAGGAGGGGAUUUUAAUGCUAUUAUUAGCAGUGAUGAAAAGAUAGGAGGUGCACCAAUCUCUCAAGCUGAUACUGAGGAUUUUCAGAAUUUUAUCAGUUCAAGUCAAUUAACUCACAUCAGAUCUACUGGAUGCUUUUUCAUUUGGUGUAAUAAGCAGGAAGCUGAUUCAAGAAUAUGGUCCAGAUUGGACAGAUGCUUGGUAAAUGAAGAAUGGAUCCACAAUUAUACAUCCAGUCAAGUGGAAUUCCUCAUGCCUAGUUGCUCUGAUCACUCUCCUGCCCUAUUAACAAUAGGAGAUGAUGAGAUUGCGGGUAAAAGACCUUUCAAAUUUUUCAACAUGUGGACUAAGCAUUCAGAGUUUAUUUCUACAAUCAGCUCAGUGUGGGAACAAGAAUUAUAUGGAUAUGAGAUGUACAAAUUUCACACAAAGCUCAAAAGGCUCAAGCCUGUACUAAAAGUGCUAAAUAAGAAUCAUUUCAUGAAUAUAAGUGAGCAAGUGGAUAGAGCCAAAAGUGAGCUAGCUAACAUUCAAGGGUUGCUUAAUGAAGACCUUUUCAAUCCUGUACUGAUAUCUAAGGAAAAAGACUGCUUAAACAAAUAUGUCAGACUUAUGGAUUGUGAAACAUCUUUCUACAGGCAGAGAGCAAAUAUAAAAUGGGGAUUAUAUGGAGAUAAAAGCUCAUAA